AAGGCAGCCUCCUGAUUGACUGAGGAGAUUACCAAUAAAAAGGGAGGGUUAUCAGGAAACAAACAUGGCUACCCUGUUUGUUGGAGAGCCGCAAGAGAUGGAAGGGACUGCCUGAUUGACCCUGGCUGUGCCUCCCCAUCUGUCCUCUAUGUGCAGUGGACCGGAAGGGUGAGUCAGAGGAGUCUGGAGAUGAUGAGACCAGGAGGAAGAGCAUCAAUGGGGAGGUUGAUGCCAAUCAGCCCCAUACCACAGUUAAAGAGGAGUCUCCUGUUGAAAUGGAUACCAUAACUCUGGACCCAGAGGAAGAGGAUGUUGAUCUUGUCCACUGUCGUAUUGGGAAGAUUGAGGGAAUGGGGGUGUUGAGGAAGGCGAAGACGCUCUCUCUAAGGCAGAACCUGAUCAAGACGAUUGAAAACCUGGAGACGUUAGUGAUGCUGAAGGAACUUGAUCUCUACGACAACCAGAUCCGCAAACUUGAGAACCUGCAGACCCUCAAAGAGCUGGACCAGCUGGACGUGUCCUUCAAUCUACUGAGGAAGGUGGAGGGUCUGGAGUGUCUGACGGGGCUAAAGAAGCUCUUUCUGCUGCACAACAAGAUCAGCCACAUCGCCAACCUGGAACACCUCACCGGCCUGGAGAUGUUGGAGCUGGGCUCCAACCGCAUCCGGCUAAUAGAGAACUUGGAUGGGCUGUCCUCGUUGACGAGUCUGUUUCUGGGCACCAAUAAGAUCACUCAGCUGCAGCAUCUGGAAGCCCUUCACAACCUGACAGUCCUCAGCAUCCAGAGUAACCGCAUCACCAAGAUGGAGGGUCUGCAGGGUCUGGUCAACCUGAAGGAACUCUACCUGAGUCACAACGGCAUCGAGGUCAUUGAGGGCCUGGAGAACAAUAAAAAGCUCACAACUCUCGACAUCGCAGCCAACCGGGUAAAGAAAAUUGAAAACAUCAGCCAUCUAACAGACCUACAGGAAUUCUGGAUGAAUGAUAAUCAGCUAGAGAACUGGUCAGAUCUAGAUGAGCUGAAGAGUUCCAAGGCCCUGGAGACGGUGUACCUGGAGAGGAACCCCUUGCAGAAGGACCCCCAAUACCGCAGGAAGAUUAUGCUGGCUCUGCCCACCGUACGCCAGAUCGACGCCACGUUCAUCCGCUUUUGACCGGGCCACACCUCACACCCCUACCUUGGUGUCCCUCCACUCACCGUUCUUCCCUUGCAACUGCAAAAUGGACCUCAGCCUACUGCACACAGACUCAUUCACCACAGGCACACACUGACAGAUACAGACGAGUGUCCUUAUAUACCACAUACACUCCAGCACACACACAUUCUGACCAUCACGGUUCACUUGCCUUACCGUCUCAUGUAAAACACGCAUGUACACUUACACUCACCAUCUGACCUAUGCUAUUGUGUUAAUGCAUAUUAAUUUAUUGUCAGAAUUGGACUGGAUAGGGGCUGGGAGGAGUGGGAGCUGCAGGAAUGUCAAAAGGACUGCCCCCCCCCCCCCUUUCCCCCUUUGGAUGUGGAGUAGGGAAUAAUUGCCCUGCCUGAUUGUCCUUUUGUCUGGAGGGAUUUAAAAGGAGAAGGCAGUCGGUCUUUCUCCCUUUGUUAUUGAAAUUGCACUGUACCUGGCAAGAAGGUGGGCUGGCGGUAUUGCUGAUGGUCUAUUUAAGUGUUCAUCACAAUUCCUUCAGGAAGUUCUAAACUCACCAGACAGUCUUAUUUUAAAGAAUAAAAAAUAUAUAUAUCUAUUAAAUGUGACAAUGGUAGCUGCUGCCUUUAGUGGUGCUAAUAUUAGUGUGUAUGAUACUUGGUGUGGUUGCCAUGGGGAUAUUUAGCUCACCAUAACACUAAGUUUCCCUCAAAUUGUAGCUACGUUAAACAGACGCUGUAUCUGUUGUUCAACGUGAAGGGUUAAUUCACACCCUGUCAUAAAGAAGCAUACUCUGAAACUGGUCCAAUUCGGGACAAUAAAGCAAAUGUGCUGUUCUGAAUGCCAAAUCAUGGCAGCACCAAGAAACAAACCAGGGGUUUGUGCAUUGGGAAAAAAUGUAGCAGGGCAUUUUGCAAUGGGGCAAAAUGGAAAGAAGUUAUUAUUGGACAAGAGCAGAUGUUUUGUGUUUCUUGCCUGAUGAACAUGACCCAAUUACCAGAGUAUAACCACAUGUGAAGAGUGGGAUUUUUGCUGUAAGAUUUGUUCACAACUGUUUUCAUUGAUUCAUUUGUUUUUAUUUAGUUUCUUAAACUGAUUUGUUUUGAAUGGUUUAAAGACCAAGUUUGAUUAUUUACAAUGUCCUAAUUCAAAUUAAUCUGCAGUCUGAGCUAUACUGAAAUAAUUUCAAAUAUUUUACUGCGUUACAGUUCAUAUAAGGAAAUCAGUCAAUUGAAAUUAAUUACAUCCUAAUUUAUGGGUAUACAGAUAUGCAUCUGUUGGUCACAGAUACCGAAGAGAAUGUAGGGGCGGGGAUCAGAAAACCAGUCAGUAUCUGGUGUGACUAUUUGCCUCAUGCAGUGCGACAUCUCCUUCGCAUAGAGUGUAUCAGGCUGAUUGUGGAAUGUUGUCCUACUCCUUCAAUGGCUGUGAGAAGUUUCUGGAUAUUGGCGGGAACUGGAACACAGUCUUACAUGUCAAUCCAGAGCAUCCCAAACAUGCUCAACGGGUGACAUGUGGAUUAUCUUGUCAAAGGAGAAAUGCUCACUAACAGAUGUAAACAAAUUUGUGCACAAUGUGAGAGAAAUACGCUUUUUGUGGUUAUGGAAAAUUUCAGCUCAUGAAACAUGAGACCAACACUUGACAUGCUGCGUUUCCAUUUUUGUUCAGUGUAUUGGUCCAUAAGUAAAUCUUACUGCUGUAAAAAAAAACUAACAUUCAAUGGUGGUGACAUUCAGAUUAUGUAAAGGAAAAUAAGACUAAGUCUGUAAUCAUAUUUCCAUCAAAGUGAAAAGCCCAUGCAUAUACAUUUAUGGAGUCACCUAUAGUUUGCACUUACUGGUAUACUUCAAGGGAAACUUGGGACAGAAGUGAACAAAUGGGCUCAGAUUACCUAUUGACUUGGAUCAGUGGGCUCUGUCUGAGUGAAUGUCUGUGUGGUAUGUGGAAGGGAAGGAAUGUGUUUGUUGUAAACUUUUAUUUACCAGAUUGCUCAGGAUCUGUAUGUCCAUGCAGUACACCAACAGACGCAGAAGUUACCCCUAACCUCAGAUCUAGGAUCAGAAACUUUCUGUACCAAAAUCAAAUUUGAACCUAAACCAGUAGUGGAAUGACCCUGUAUCAGUGGUUAGGGACAACUUAUAUUAUCUCUUGAGUGAAAUGUUACCUAUACAACUUGGGCUAUACAACUUGGGCAAGAGGGUGCAACAUUUAGAAUGUUACAGAUGGAAAUGCAAUGUAUAUUAUUUCAACUAUUGACUCCUCCCUUUGCUAGACAAGUUGACAGUUCUAUACAAUGGAUUUCUGCCCCACGACGGGUUCAGAGAACAAUGCCACACAACUCACAUGUUUUUUUGCUCGCUUUUAGUUAUGUUUGACAAAGUGCUCGGUUUACUGUUUUUGAACUGAAUGUAUUAUAAAAGACUAAAUAAAGUUACUUCAAAUUAGA